AUGAGCUCUGACCUCCAAUGGAAGGGAUAUGCCGUCGAGGACACCAAGAACUGGGACCAGUUCAAGGUCAUCGACUUCAAGCCCAAGCCUGCUGGCGACUACGACGUCGACAUUAAAAUCGCCUUUUGUGGCGUGUGUGGCAGCGACGUCCACACGAUUACUGGCGGGUGGGGCGAACCACACCUGCCUUUGAUCCCCGGACAUGAAAUAGCGGGCAUGGUAGCCACCGUUGGGCCCAAGGUCACGGCCUUCAAGGUCGGCGACCGUGUUGGUGUCGGAGCGAUGAUUUGCUCCUGCAUGAAGUGUAAGCUCUGCAAGGAGGACAACGAGCAAUAUUGCCCAGAGUCUGUGUGGACCUAUAACGCAAUCUACCCGGACUCGAGGACCCUGUCGCAAGGCGGGUAUGCGACUGCGAUCCGUGCCCACGAGCGUUUCGUCUUCCCGGUUCCCGAGAACAUGAAGCUUGAGGACGCCGCUCCGAUGUUCUGUGGAGGGUUGACUGUCUUUUCGCCUCUCGUCCGAAACGGCGCUGGUCCUGGAAAGCGUGUCGGUAUUGUUGGCCUCGGAGGCCUUGGGCAUUUCGCGGUUCAGUUCGCUAAGGCUCUGGGUUGCGAUGAAGUCGUCUUAUUUACUCAUUCUGACCACAAGAAGGACGAUGCAAAGAAACUCGGAGCCACCGGAUUUGUUCCAACUGGGGAGAAGGACUUUGAACGGCCGCUGCUGGGAUCUUUGGAUCUCAUUGUCUGCACUGCCGACGUUGCCUCUGGAAUUCCUCUGAAGGAGCUCCUCAGCACCCUGGCGAUCAACGGGCGCUUCGUAAUGGUUGGGCUUCCCGACGAAGAGCUUCCUUCCAUGAUUGCGAAAGAGGUGUUCUCUAACGGCUGUUUCUUUGGAGCCAGCAAGAUCGGCAGCAAGAAGGAGGUUUUGGAGAUGAUGAAGCUUGCAUCCGAGAAAGGCGUUAAACCCUGGACGGAGCUCUUGCCAAUGAAAGAAUGUGGAAAGGCCGUUAAAGGCGUCAAAGAAGGCCGCGUCAAAUACCGCUACGUCCUCAAGCAGGACAUUGAUAGUUGA